AUGCAUCUUAUGUACACCCUCGACGCGGCUGGAAAGCGCAAGUACACUUUGAAGAAAGUGAUUGGAGGCGAGGUGACCAAGAGUGCGCAUCCAGCCAGAUUCAGCCCGGAUGAUAAGUAUUCGAGACAUAGAGUUACGUUGAAGAAGAGAUAUGGAUUGCUUUUGGUGCAGCAGAAGGAUCUCAAGGUUUUGGGCCAAUAA